AUGGCCGUCGCCGACGCGGUGCUGCCCUCGCCGCCGCUCCCGCCCCCGCCCCCGCCCCCGCCCCCGCCCCCGCCGGCGCGGAUCGUCGUCGUGGUGCUGGCGCUCGUGCACUUGGCCCUCGCCCCGAUGCUGGCGCUGGGGCGCGCCCUCUGCGUCGCGGCGGGAGCCCUCCCCUACCUGGGCUUCGGGGUCGCGUGGGUCAUCUCCGCGGCCACGGCUGGACAGGUCGUGGCGAGCCGCGCCUGGGGCGAGAGCUCCGCCCAAUUCGUGUUCCUGCAGGCCAUCAUGUACUGGGGCCUCAAGGUCCUCAUCUACAGUAUCCUUGUGCUGGUCGCGCUUCUCGUCUUGUUGAUGUGCGUGGCCUACGUGAUUGCACUUGUAUCUGGAUCCACUUCGGCAUUCAAGAAGAGCGCAUCAGGAGCAUUCACGCGGGAGUCGGUUGCAGACAUGUUUAGGCUUCCGCGCACCGCGGUGCUUGGAUAUGUUGCGGAUGUGGCCUUCUUCCUUCUAAUGGUCGCUGGUCUUCUGGUGGCGAUGCUGUCGCCGCACGUGGAGGGUUCGAUAUCUCAGGGUGAAAUGGUCGCCUCCGUAAUCAUAGAUGUGGCACUAUUUGGUAUGCACGCGACAGCUUGCUUUGUUAUCAUCCCAGCGCUCGUUCUUAGUGUGUGGAGGGGUGGCCAGGCGGACAGGAAAGCGCCAUCGCAGUUUUGUUGA